AUGGCAAGGAUUCGACUUAGCAAUGAGUUUAACUCAAAGGACUGGUCCUUACUCUGUGACUUUCUUUACAGUAGAUUUUCCAGGCCCCAUGAAGUGUUCCCCAUGUUUUAGGCCACUGCCCACUCCAAUGAUCAGGUCUUCUUUCUCUAUGACUGUGAAGGCAGUAAGCCCCUGGGCCCCUAGAGCCAGGAGGUACAGAUGGAGGAGAAGGAGAACCAAGUUCAGAAGACCAGAGAGGACGUCUUCAUGGCGACCUUGAAUGACGUCAUGGACCAUUCCAAAGACAGAAGGGUAGCAGUCUGGAGGUAUGCCUACAAUGGACGAUUCAUCACGUUCAACAAAGAAAUCCCAGCCUGAGUCCCUUUGGACCCUGCAGCCCCAGACACCCAUCAGAAGUGGGAAUCAGGGCUUCCCUGGUGCCUCCGAGGCUCACGGCACCUGCUGAGGGGGCGGUUAGCUUCUCUGGACCCUUGA